AUGUCAGACUCCGAACCAGAUCUUGAACUCCUCGAGCUCCUCCGCCAACACAUCGCCGGUAAACCACAAGUCGCCGCUGAGCCUGACACGGGCGUCCUCGAAUCAGCCGAAUAUGUCUACAACAACUCCAUCGACGUAGCCCUCGACAUGCGGUCAUGCAAAAACGCCGCCAGAGCCAUCUACUCUCAGAUGCAAACAAAGUCUUACUCACCGGCCACCUGGGCGGCACACGAGCUUCACCCUCACCCAUCAAAGGGUGACAAGCCAGAGGAUGUGGUGGCCUUUAUCUUCACCAUGGAUCUUUUGAACUUUUGUUUUUGGAGUGAGAGGGGUGAAGAAGAGAGGUUUUCCAUCGAGUACAAGGGGAGGAGGUGGACAGGGUAUUGGAGUUUGGUGGCUGCUUUACAGAGGGCGUUGGAGGAGGACCCUCACUUCUGGCAAAACGAAGAAGAACUCACCCUCUCCACCCUCAAACACGUCUUCCGCUCCGCCACCUCGGAAGAAAUGCCCCUCCUCGCCGCCCGUCUCUCCUGUCUCCGUGAAGCCGGCCAGAUCCUCUACGAGAAAUUCUCCUGCCACCCCCUCCACCUCGUAACCUCCUCCAACAACUCCGCCGCUCGCCUGGUCAACACCCUCGCCUCCAACUUUUCCUGCUUCAACGACACCCACUCCCCCCCUUCCUUCCCCCGCAAGAAACCCAUCCGCCUCCUCAAACGCGCCCAGAUCCUCGUCGCCGAUCUCUGGGCUUGCUUCGAGGGCCAAGGCCCCUACGGCAAAUUUUACGACAUUGACAAGAUAACCAUGUUUGCCGACUACCGCAUCCCGCAGAUGCUCAACCAGCUCGGCUGCAUCCAGUACAGCCCACCCCUCGAAACCGCCGUGCAGCUCAAACGUGACAUCCCCUCGGGUAGCAACUGGGAGAUCCAGCUCCGGGCGUGCAGUAUCUGGUGUGUGGAGUUGAUACGGAGGGAGAUAUUGAGAGAAAAUCCAGGGGCGCGGGUGAAUGCGAUUUUGAUUGAUUUCUUCCUCUAUGAUACCAUCAAGGAGAUGGAGAACGAGGGGAGGGAGAGGGCGCCGCAUCAUCGGACGAGGAGUAUCUGGUAUUAA